AUUCUAUUGGUCAGUUCUUCCGUCACAAUUUGAACCUCUUUUGUUCCUUCUUCUUCUUCCGACUAUCUAUGCAUUAAUUAAUUAUCUCAUCCACCUACCAUACCAAUGCUACUAUAACUAAAGGCCUCAUCUCAUCAACCACUCAUAUCCAAUCCACAAGCACUGAACUACAACAGCAAAAAUGGCGAUGGUUCCAUCCUUCACGGGUUUCCUGUUUCUUUUGGCUAUCUCUACUUUUCACUUUCAGGGAAUUGGAGCAAAUUUAGAUUCUAAGCUGAAGCUCAACUCUAGGAUCCUUCAGGAAUCAUUAGUUAAGGAAAUUAAUGAAAACCCGAAUGCUGGAUGGAAAGCUGCCAUGAAUCCUCAACUUUCCAAUUUCACUGUUGGCCAAUUUAAGUAUCUUCUUGGAGCCAAGAAAACACCUAAAAAGGAACUGUUGGGUAUUCCUGUCGUAACUCAUCCAAAAACCUUAAAGUUGCCAAAAACUUUUGAUGCAAGAACAGCUUGGCCGCAGUGUAGCACCAUCGGAAGAAUUCUAGGUUAGUUUCUUGUGAAACUAUAUUCUUUUAAUUGCUUUCUUUUCUUGAUUAUCCAGGGUCAUUGUGGAUCUUGUUGGGCAUUUGGUGCUGUCGAAGCACUAUCUGAUAGGUUUUGCAUCCAUUUUGGCAUGAAUAUGUCGUUGUCUGUCAAUGAUCUCUUGUCAUGCUGUGGAUUCAUGUGUGGAAGUGGUUGUGAUGGAGGGUAUCCAUACUCUGCAUGGAGAUAUUUUGUCCACCAUGGUGUUGUCACUGAAGAGUGUGACCCAUACUUUGACAACAUUGGCUGUUCCCACCCUGGUUGUGAGCCUGGAUUUCCUACUCCAAAGUGUGCAAGGAAGUGCGUUGAUAAAAACCAGCUCUGGAGGCGGUCAAAGCAUUACAGCGUCGGUGCAUAUAGGAUCGGGUCUGAUCCCCAUGACAUUAUGGCAGAAGUUUAUACAAAUGGACCAGUAGAGGUGUCUUUCACUGUUUACGAGGACUUUGCUCACUAUGCCUCUGGAGUUUAUGAGCACUUUAAAGGUGAAGUAUUGGGAGGUCAUGCAGUUAAGCUUAUAGGAUGGGGAACUUCUGACGACGGGAAGGAUUAUUGGCUUCUUGCAAAUCAGUGGAACAGAGGCUGGGGUGAAGAUGGUUACUUCAAGAUUAGGAGAGGAACAAAUGAAUGUGAAAUUGAAGAAGAACCGGUUGCUGGUUUGCCUUCAGGCAAAAAUCUCGAUCUUAUUACAAAGGUUGGUGAGAGCACGGAUGUUCUCGAGGAUGCUUAUGCUUGAUAAUAAAUAAUUAAUUAUACACAUAAAUUCUCUCAACUUAUGCAUCUGUCAUGAGUUGCAGAGAUAAAGAUCAAUAGCGUACCAGUAUAUGUAAGUUUGGUAUGAAGUGAAACCUUAUCUAAGAUUCUAUGCUGUGCUGUUUCUUCUAUGAACUAGAAAUUUGUUCGGAAUCUCAGAACAAAACUGUAAAUAAUGUAUUAUUAUUGUUGCCACAUUAUAUGAAAUUCACCUGCUUUCUGCCUUUCAUUUUA